AUGUCUCGGCGUUGUUCGAUCUAUGUUAACAACUUACCUGAUUCUUGCAGGCAUGAGGAUCUUCGCAGAACUUUUGGGCGGUAUGGUCCCAUUAUAGAUGUGACCAUACCCACUGAUUAUUAUUCUGGCCGUAUGAAGGGCUUUGCUUUUGAUUCUAGAGAUGCCGAGUACGCUCAGCGCAGCAUGGAUCAAACUCGGUUCAUGGGGCGGCGCAUAGAGGUGGAAUUUACUCGGGGUUAUCGUAAGACUCCUGCUGAAAUGAGGGAUCGUGCUAAUCGCUUCGGUCGUCGACGUUCCAGAUCUGCCUCCCGUCAGUAUUCUCGUCGUUCUCGGAGUUACUCUAAGGCUAGUGAUCGCGACCGUUGGGAUCAUGACAGGCGUUCGCGUUCGAGGUCAAGUUCUCCGCGUAACGGUUCGUCUGCAGGACGGAUGAGGUCUAACGGUGAAUACGAGGAUCGCAGUAAUUGUCGUAUGUCUCCCCCGGCGAUGUACGCUGAUGAUCGGUACCGACGUCAUCAAAAUGCCCGAUCAGGUUCACAGCGCUCCCGUUCUGCUACUUAG